AUGUCCUUCAUAUUUGGCCAUUCGUUAUCCAGGAUCUCAAGAAUCUCGGCAUCAAAACGUUUUAUCCGCGAUUUUGUCCCGGAAGUAUCGAUCACAUCAGUUAGUAUCCGUCAAUUACAAAUAUUCCUGGUCAAAAUUGCACUGGUACUGGGCGUUCAGAUUCAUGAUUCCGUCUCUUUCCAACGUCUUAUUUUUCCAAAACCGGACGAAAAUGGCAAAGUGAAAGGAUGGCGUGCCGAAUUCAGUCCUUCUGGGCAUGUGCUCUCGGAUUUUGUAUUUGAUGCACUGAUUGGCGCAGAUGGGAAACGAAACACCAUACCAGGUUUUCCAAAGCGUGAAAUGCGUGGUAAAUUAGCGAUUGGAAUAACUGCAAAUUUUGUCAAUCAGCGAACGCUAGAUGAGGAGAAAGUUCCAGAAAUAAGGUAA